CUCUUUUUGGCGCGUGGUGGCGCCCGCCAUUGUUCUGUUUCCACGGUUGCGAGGGUGGUACGCGACGUCGCCUUUUUCACUGGUGUUAUGAUCAAUCGUCGAGUCCCGCGAACGGUGUCGCUAGUCCCGAAGGACGCCCCGGGAUGGACAUCCUUGAGAGGGACGACCCGCCGCUCGACGCGAAGCUCGCCGAGCCCAUCGUCUGGGGGACGGUGGCCGGGUUUACAGCGCAGGAGCUCAAGCCAGACCUGUUCGACGAGUGCCUCAAGCUGAUAAAGAGGUACCUGAUCCCGGAGGAGGCCAUGUGCGUCGCCCUCGAUUUACGGGCGGACGCGGAAGGGUGCGCCUCGUUCCUGGCCAACGCGAAGGAGUGCAUGAAGGACGGCACGUCCAUCGUGGUUCUCAAGGGGGAGGACUACGACGACGACGAUGAGGGCGGCGAAGGGAAGGAGGACCCACUGGAUGGCGAUGGAGGAGAACAGGGCGUGUCAAAGAACAAGGAGGUCGUUGAAGGAUGUCGGGAGGACGGCCAAGGUGAGCUGCUCAAGAAGGGCUCUGAUGUGGCGAACGUCGCGGAGGAAGCUCUAGCGAGCGCCAACCACACCGCGAACGUGCAAGAAGAACCCAGGCCGAACCUGGAAGAGAAAGAGGGAAACGCGGAGGGGAAUGAAGAGGGGGAAGACAAGGAAAAGAUUAUUGAAGAAGUGAAAAAUGAAAAUGAAUUCAAUAUGGCAGAUGAUGAGAAAGAAAAUGGGGAGAGUUUGAUAGAUAAUGCGGGGACAAGGCAGGAACCAACAAACAAUGAUAAUGAAAUGGAUAACAUUGAAGAAGAAGGGAUAGUGGACGACAAAAUAAAACCAGAUAAGAAGGAGGUAGAAGAGAGCGAAGAGAGGAAUAACGAAGAUGAAGUGAAAGAAGAUGAUGAUUCCGAGGAGGAACGCCGUAAAAAGAAAAGAGAGAGAAGAAAGAGGAGGCAUAAGAAGCGCGAGAGAGAACGGGCGAGGAGGAGGAAGGCGGAGGAAGGCGUCACGGAGGAAAAUGAGGCUGAAGGCGACGACAACAAAGAAGAGGGGCAGAAGGGCGAUGGUGACGACGAGGAGGAGGAGAAGGAGGACGAACGGGAGGAGGACGACGACGAUGGCGACUCCCGCGUGGUGGCCGUCAUGGUGGCCAGGGUGGUGCAGCGCCUCGAGCACAUGAGGUCCUUCAGCAGGAUCAAGGUCGUCCAGGGCGAGGCGUACCAGAAGUGGUUGGCACUGCGCUGCCACCUCCAGAAGACAGCCAAUUUGUUCGAGGAGUUCGACGUCGACACGUACUACCGAUUGUAUCACAUUGUGGUCCACCCGGACCAUCGUAAAAAAGGUGUCGGGUCGUUCCUGGUGCGGCUGGCGGCGCAGCGGCUGGCGGGGCUGUUCGCGGGGCCCGGCGCCACCGUCUGCACCGCCGUGGCGCCCUCCAGGGCCACCCAGCGGCUGCUCGCGCGCCAGGGCUUCCGCCCGCGGGUGCUGCUCAACUACCACGAGUGGAAGGACGAGCAGGGCCAGCAGGUCAUCUCCGGUGCGGGCGUCGGCAACUACAACGUGGCCCUCACCGUGUACGAGGUGGCGCCGCGGGAGGAGGGAGAACCCCCAGACGUGAGCCCGAUGCUCGAGUCCACCGAGGAGACCGAAGAGGAGCCCGGUCCGCCGACGGCGUUCCCCGGGCGCGCCCUGGGGCUGGACAAGCCGCCGGCACCCGAGUGCCCGCCCGCACACGAGGAGCCGCCGUUCGCCGUGGCCGUGUCCGCCUCGCGGCCGCCCAGCGCGCCGCCCCUCGACCUGGCGGACGCGGCCGACCUGGACAGCGGCGCAGAGACCGGGGAGACGGACAGCAGUAGCAGCAGCAGUAGCGGCGGCAGCAGCUGCAGCGUCGUCGAGGGCGCCCGUGGAGGCGGCAGUGGCGGCAGCGGCAGCACCGAGCCCAGCACCUGA